AUGGAUCCCCUUCUCGCAGCUCGCCUGUCCGAAAUCCAAAGGGAAGAAGAAGAAGAAAGAAAAGAAGAGGAAGAAGAAGAGGAAGAGGAAGAGGAGGAAGACGGAGAGUAUGAGGAAGACGAAGACGAAGAGGAGGAAGCAGUAAGCUUCCGGCUCCUAGCCCCUAGAGCCAACCGACACUUAGAUGAACAAGCCCCUAUUCGUACUCUUCUUUUCCAGGGACCACCACGAGCACUCGAGCGUCUUCUUGCCGUGGCUGUUCGACCGCCCAAUUCAUGUCAUGUACCAGAGAAACAUGACAGCCAAGCCAAGGCCAGCUUUUCUAAUAAGAUCCAAAGAGGAAACCGCAUCACGGGUCAAGCAGCCAAAAUUACUACCGGUCAUGCGGUAACUAUUCUCGACCUGCCAUUGGAGAUUGUUCUACAAGUAUUCGACCAAGUAAAACGUAUGGAAGACGUCAUCUGCCUCGGCCUAGCUAGCCGAUCACUCUGGGUUAUCGCUCGACAACGCCUCGACGAUUAUUACAUGUCGCUCUCGGGCCAAUGGUCCGGCGAGAAUAUUCUUUACUCUGGAGUCAUGACUUUGGUGUCGGAUCUCCCUCUGGGAUUGUUCUUGGGGGAAGACACAGUACCCCCAGAGUUUCUCGAACAUUAUUUUAACAUCUGGUGUCCUAACACGAAGCCGCAAAAAACACCACCAAGCAUCGCAGCAGAGUCCAUGCGCCCGUAUAAUAAUUGCAAGAGUCGGGACCGGUUGGAUGAUCCUGCAUUCAAGUUGGCUUACACAGAAAUCGUUUGCGAAGACUCAGCCUACUUCCCGGAGGAUGAGCCGUGGAUUCUACGAAAUAUCAGCACAAAGCAGUUUGUUCGCUCUGAGGCUAUUGCGAUUAAACCGGAAUAUAUCCAUGGUCCUUUUAUUGACUACUUGGGUUUUCGUGAAGUCGUUGUGGCAAUGGCCAGUUGGUCGUUGACACGUUUUCACGCGAUGAGAGACCCGACGACGAUCUGGCGGGGAAUCUGGGCAGGUAAUCGCUUCGACAUCACAACUCUCGCCAGACACAACUUGGAUACUCGGGCUGCGGAGUGGCAAGACGUGAGCGAGGACGUAGCAAACACAAUUGCUUCGGCUAAUUAUGGUGUGACAAGGGCUUAA